CACACGGCCUCUAAAUUUAGCUCCCUUUUCUCCGUUUUGCCCUCGGAUCCACUUUUUUUAUAUGGUUAUGGAAAUUUCAGAUAUUAUUUUUAGGUUUUGGAUUUAUUUAUUUAUUGUUGUUGGUUAGGAUUGAUGACGGUGGUGGUGGGCGUGCUGUGAUUUUCUAGACUUUCGGUUCCUGAUCUCUCCCGGUUUGGGAGAGGGAAGGAUGAAGUCUUUAUUCUCUUAGGGUUAGGGUUUUGAUUUUUUUUUUUUUUAAAUAUUGUUUUUGUAUUUUAUUUUCUGGUCUGGACUGUUGUAUAAGAUUUGGCAUUGUUAUAAACUUGGAAUUUUAUUUAAAAAGAAAAGAAAAGAAAAGAAAAGAAAAUCCGGGUUUUUGUUUCUCUGUGUAUUGUGCGUUGUUUGGUGAAGCAAUUCCACAGAUGAGUUGCCUUCCUUGUAUGAGUCCUAGGAAGAGGGACGUGAGCAGAAUAGAGGACGACAAUGGCACAACUGGUCCAUCAAGUUCUUUCCAUUCUAUUGAUGAUUCUUUGGGGACUACAAGGGGAAAGGGUUCUUUUGAUUCUAGUGACAAUGGAAAGGGAAAAGGGUCUCUGAACGGUAAAGCACACCCCAAAAGCAAUGCGGCCCGGAGCUUCACAUUCCGGCAGCUCGCCACAGCCACAAGAAACUUUAAGGCGACAAAUUUGAUCGGAGAAGGAGGAUUUGGAAAAGUUUACAAGGGCCGCUUAGAUACCGGCGAGAUUGUUGCCAUCAAACAACUCAACCAUGAUGGACUUCAGGGGUUUCAAGAAUUCAUUGUGGAGGUGCUCAUGUUAAGCCUCUUACACCAUUCUAAUCUCGUCACCUUGAUCGGUUACUGCACGGAUGGAGAUCAAAGACUAUUGGUUUACGAGUACAUGGCAAUGGGUAGCUUGGAGCAUCAUCUUUUUGAUCUGGGCCCUGACCAAGAACCAUUAGGAUGGAACACAAGGAUACAGAUUGCUGUUGGUGCCGCUCGAGGCCUGGAGUAUCUCCAUUGCAAAGCAAAUCCACCGGUAAUUUACCGGGAUUUGAAAUCUGCAAAUAUAUUAUUGGACAAUGAAUUCAAUCCUAAGCUCUCAGAUUUUGGGCUGGCUAAACUGGGACCUGUGGGUGACAAUACUCAUGUCUCAACAAGAGUGAUGGGCACAUAUGGAUACUGUGCCCCUGAGUAUGCCAUGAGUGGCAAACUGACUCUUAAAUCUGAUAUCUAUAGCUUUGGUGUGGUUCUCUUGGAGCUGAUUACCGGCCGGAAAGCAAUCGACACCUCUAAGAGGCAGGGAGAGCAGAACCUAGUUGCUUGGUCUCGUCCUUUUCUAAAAGACCGGAAAAAGUUUGUACAACUGGUGGAUCCCCAGCUGCAAGGGAACUUCCCGGUCCGAGCUUUGCACCAUGCUAUUGCCAUCACUGCAAUGUGUCUUCAGGAACAACCAAACUUCCGGCCCCUUAUUGGCGAUAUUGUUGUCGCCCUCGAGUACUUAGCCUCUGAAAGCCACAGCUCCGAACCCCAUAGGAAUCAGGUCAGACUCCCAUCAUCAUCACCUUCACAAGGGAGCAGGAACAGUAACAAUUUUUUACAAGAACCAUAUUCUAGAAGUAUUUUUUAGAGGUUGGUGGACACAAGAUGCUGAAAAACUUUGAAGUUCACCAUUGAUGAGAAGAGAACGGUUCCAAAACACUUGCCACGCAAAUAAGAUGAAGAAUUCAGAUAUUGACACUUGGGAAAGCGGUGGUAAGCGAGCCCUGCAGCAUCUAGAUUUGGUUCGACUGCCUCGGCAUCGCGGAAACGCUGAGAAAAGGUGCUGUUGAUAUCCAUGCCACCUCAACAUGUCAUAAGAGGCACCUAUUAUUUAUGAUUUAUGAUUACCAAUGUUGAUUACUACAUUUCAUAUCCUUUUUAGUGAUAGUGAAGACAAAAGGGGCAAACGAUUUUCUCUUUUCUGAAAAGAAAAUAGAAAGCCUUUUCUUAAUUUUCUUUUCGGGGCUUGUGUUGAAUAUUCUAUUCUUUGCACGAGGGUUUGCCUGCUCCGUCGGUUUCAUUUGGGGCCAAUCACA